UUUAUUUAUUAUAGUGUUAACUGGCCAGCUUCAGCCUUUCGUCACAGUUACGCGUAGGUUUCGUUUCUGUGUAAGGUCUCAUCAGUUGCCUGAGCUGUGUGGACAUCAUGAUCUCUCCAACCAUGAUAUCAGCUGCAGUCGGAGCAGCCUUCUCUGUGCUGGUGGCUCCGUUAGUCCUUUCCAUUUCUGGUUUCACCUCUGGUGGCAUCGCUGCGGGGUCCCUUGCAUCAUCAAUGAUGUCAUCAACUGCCAUCGCUAACGGUGGUGGUGUGGCGUCGGGAAGCCUCGUUGCCAUCUUGCAGUCUUGGGGUGCGGCCGGCCUUACUUAUGUGGCCACAGCUGUCGUCGCGUCUGUGGGAGGUGCAGUCGGUGGAGUGGCCGGGUGGGUGACCAGGCUGAUCAUACGCUGAAACCUUGUUUUAAACCAGUAAACACUUGGAACAAACAUUAUGUGCUUUCAUGUGAUCUUAAAUAAAAUUGGAUCCUUCUUCCUA